AUGACAACAAUGCGCCCGCCCCUGAUCGCCACGGUGCCCUUGCUGUUGUUGCUGCUGCUGUGCUGCGCCACCGGCCGCCUCGCCGCCUUUACCGCCGCCCGUCCCACCACUGCCACUAUGCACCGAUGCAUGUUCGAUGAGAUGAUGGCGAGGAGCGACUCACGCUCAGUCAAGAUGGUGCAGGAGUUACCCCGAAAGGGCCAGAGUGCCUGGCGAGCGUACACCGCCUCCACAGGAGUAGAGGGGACAGGGGAUUGGGAGCCCGUCCGCAUCGUGGUGUCCAAGCUGGAUCUGGACGACCCAAACAAGUACUGCACUCAAGAAGGACAGCAGCGUCCAACGUUUCAGGGCUACGCUGGCGAGUGCCGGGAGGACGACGUCCUUACCAGUCGGAAAAAGGCUGAGCUGCUCCAAACUAUCCUCCCAUCAGCCAUCAAGUUGCACUCGGAGCGCCUCCUCGUGCAGCGCAUGAGUACUUCGUUGGUUGUGCCCGUAUCCAUCCGUCAAACGCAGUGCAGGCAUUUCACCGUGCCUGUAGAACACCACACGAACGGGGUUCCGGACGCAGACACAGUGCUCUAUUUGGCUGCUGGGCCGUCUGCAAUCUUCGCCGUUCCGUGCGUCACGGCCCAUAAGAACAGCCGUCCUACCGUCGGCGCCAUGAAUUUUUAUCUUUCUGGCGUUUUCCACCCGUGGUUCGCCGUCCGCGUCGCUGCACACGAACUCGCGCAUGUGCUUGGGUUCAGCUACCAACAGAUGGAGGCCAAGGGUGUGGUGCGCACUCUCACCACUGGGGACUAUGCGUCAAAGUCGGGGAUGGUGACCUCCACGCUCACAAAGAAGAAGGCGCAGGAGCACUUCAACUGCAGCAGACUUGAGGGCAUGCCCCUGAGGGACGAAUACGACGAUGCAUCACGGCCGCACUCACACUGGGAUCAGCGGUACGCGAAGGACGAACUGAUGGGGCCCACGGUUGCCACUGGUGCCGGCUUCUACACCGCGCUGACGAUGGCUGCGUUUGAGGAUAUGGGCUUUUACAAGGCGAACUUCAGCAUGGCGGAGCCGAUGCGCUGGGGCAAAGACGUCGGAUGCGAGUUCGUCGAUGAAAAGCAGUGCAGGCCGGACGACCACACCAAGUUUCCCGCGAUGUUCUGUCAGAAGAACUACAGUGACACCAUGUCGUACUGCACAAGCGACCGCGUUGCCUUGGGCCAAUGCAGCUCUUCGUGGAACGACGAGUGCCUUUUCAUCCGCUCGUUACCUUUUGGCUCAUGCCGCAAUGAGGAAAACACGGCUCUGCACGGGAGCCGCCUGGGCGCAGGUUCAUGGUGUCUCGACGCGGAGUCGCUCAAGGUGAACGUGGAGACGUAUGACCCGGAGCCCAUGGUGGUUGCUGUGGCCGCCGUCUGCGCGGAGGUGGCGUGUGCCAGGGGUUCGGUCAGGGUCCGUUACCUCGGCGACAAUGACUGGUACGACUGCCCUGAGGGCAGCUCUCUCUCACCUGCGGGCACAUCCGUUGACUUUGCGAGCGGCAAGAUCAAGUGCCCCAAGUACGACGAGGUGUGCACCAUCACUCCCACCGGCAGGAGUGGUGUCACGCGCCACCGCGGCGACGAUGACGAGUUGGCCACGGGGGACAAUUACCUCUCACAUGGACUGCACCGUGAGUCCCGAUGUCGGCAAGGACCUCGUGAACGCAGGCGCCCCGAGCUGCCCCCCGAAGGAACUGAGCCGACGAUGAAGUGA